GCAAGCUUAGUUGUACGAAGCAUGUUAGCAAAACAACAAAUUCUUUCAGUUAGUUUGACACUGUGACAAACUCACUUUGUGCUCCUUAAUUAAGGUGUGUUCACAUGAUGACGGUAUUCACUCUGUACCCAAGGGAGAUGUCCCAGGUCCCUGUCCGUGAUCCGGCCUUCAUGGAGGCCAUCAACAAAAACAUGCGUGUCCCUGAGCGUCUGAGUGUCGGCACUGGACGGCAGUGGCUGGAGGAGGAGGGAGAGCAGCCCAUGGAUCCCCCACCUGCUUACACCAUGCAGGUUCCUGAUAGGCUGACAUACACAGAAGCCCCUGAUAUGAGCCCCAGACCUCUUUUCACCCCAUCCAAGCCAACUAUCUGCGGCCCUCUGGGUCUGGAACCGUGCUGGGAAUGUCUGUCUGGAGAAGUCUUCUAUAGAGAAGCACUACAGAGUCCCAUAAGAAGAUCUUACAGUGACCAAAGCUUUGGCAGAACACCACCUGGCACACCGACCCAGCUAAAACAGGCGCUGGCACUGCCCAGACACCCAUCCAACUCUCGAGGUUCAGACCGUCCUCUCCACCAGUACUCCGCUGCUUCUCUUUCUGCCCAGACCACCAGCCCUCAGGCCCAGGCUCAGCCCUUCCCUGCUACCCCCGUCAGCCUCCUGUCUCCACAGUCCAUGCUGCAGACAGCCAAGCAGCUGGGCCUGCAGGCCUUUCAGCACCUCCUGCAGACAGUCAGCCAUAAAUACAGGUGUAAAGACUGGACGAGCAGGAAGUAUAUUGAUAUGAAAACAGCUGGGGCCAUGGAGAACUGGAGUCUAGAAGAAGAGGGAGGAGCUGCUGUGGAGUUCAUUGUCCUCAGGAGACAGGUGAUGAAGAUGAGUCGCCGGCUGGCGGCACUUGAGAGGCACAACACUGAACGGAGGAAUACAGAAGUUGUCCUAUUCUCACUGCUGUUCUCCGCCUGCCUACUCAACAUGUGGCUGUGGAUCCGCAGAUAACACACACACUCUGACAUACACAUGCACACACAUUUAUUUGACUAAACUUGUGAGGACCCACUUUCACUCCAUCCCCCUUCCUUCAAGUAAAUAUCAACAUUGUUUGAAAUUGACAUCUGUUUUUAUGUGGGGGUGUUUUCUUUUCCUCAUUUGCAUAUCUGUUCGUCUUUUCAAUGUUCAGAAAAGGUUUUAACAAUCUCAGAUAUCAACCUUCAACAUCAGAUUUUUGUGUUCGUCACUCAGAAUCCAAGAGCAAUGGCUACAGCCAAUGGUCAGUAAUCAUGCAGGGAGAAAGUAGCACAUAAACCAGUUUAUACACCCACUCUCACUACAGCUGUCCUCAUGUCUCAUGUCUCUUUCCACCUACAGAUGAAUAUUUCUGGGAAAUGUAGGAAUUGCUGAUUGCUGAUGAAUAUGUGUUCAACACAUAUAAAUAAAUGACAACACUCAAUAAAAUCUGUGGGAAUUCUCAGACAUCACACACAUUUUUUUAAAUUCAAUUGACUUCUUCAAUUCAAGCCAGAUGUAAAACUCUCAAUGUAAGAUCAGCCGUAAAACCUAGUCUGUAACCUGAAACUGACCUAAGUUACCUCACUUCAGAUGUCAAAAAAUGGGUUCUCACAAGAACAGCCAAACAAGUGUACAAACACACAUAAUGUGGGAUUGUACUUUGACAAAAUAUGCUGAACAACCAAGGUGUACCUUACCAAAGGAAGCUGGUAAUUCUUGGUAAAUACUGGGGGGGGUUAGGAGCUGUGAAAAGGGAAAAAUGCUUAAUACAGAGAUCUUUCAGUAGAAUUACAGUGUUGUGUGGAGGUUAUACUCCCAUAACAGACUGACACUAAUUUCAUAGGUAUACUGUUAACAUGUCAGUAAUGUAUUUAGAGACAAUGUCUGCUGUCAGAGCUUGUAGGUGUGAGAACACUGCAUGUCUGUGUGGUCAGUUCAGAUUGGUGGAAAAUGUUUAGUGUUUGAUUGUCACUGCCAGUCACGGCUUGAAAAUAUAAACAAAAAGGUAAAACAACUCCAGUUUGCAGUGUGUCUCUACAUGGAUUCAAAGGUAGAAUGUGAUCUAGAGCACAGUUUUUGUUGAUUUAUUUAUGCUGUGUAAAGGAAUGACAGUUUUUAAUAGUCCAAAUUUAAAAAUGGAUGCUGAUGUAUAAUACAGUAUCUAGAGAUAACAUUUGUAGUUGUGUGUUUUUCUGUCUGCAGUGCACAGUUAAUUGGUUGAGAUGAAGCUCCUGUUUUCAAGUCACAGUCAAGAUACUGUUUGACUUGUCAGUGUAAAUAUUACACAUCGUAUCUGUCCCUGGCUUGGUUUGACUAUUUAUCUUUCUCAAAGCUGUGCCAUUAUUGCUGUAUGCCUAUUUAAUAAAAGUAGAUUUUAUGUUUCAAUUCA